CUGCCGCCUUGCCCGCCUUGCCCGCCGCUGCCGCCGAGGCCGCGGGGCCGGUGCGGAGCGCACGAUGGAGGCGCCGCCGGUGACCAUGAUGCCCGUCACGGGCGGCACCAUCAACAUGAUGGAGUACCUGCUCCAAGGAAGCGUGCUGGACCAGAGCCUGGAGAGCCUCCUGCACCGCCUGCGCGGGCUGUGCGACAACAUGGAGCCCGAGACCUUCCUGGACCACGAGAUGGUGUUCCUGCUGAAGGGGCAGCAGGCCAGCCCCUUCGUGCUGCGCGCCCGGCGCUCCAUGGACAAGAGCGGCAUGCCCUGGCACCUGCGCUACCUGGGACAGCCCGAAAUCGGCGACAAGAACCGCCACGCGCUGGUGCGCAACUGCGUGGACAUCGCCACGUCCGACAACCUGACGGACUUCCUGGUGGAGAUGGGCUUCCGCAUGGACCACGAGUUCGUGGCCAAAGGGCACGUGUUCCGCAAGGGCAUCAUGAAGAUCGUGGUGUACAAGAUCUACCGCAUCCUGAUGCCAGGAAACACGGAGAGCAUUGAGCCGCUCUCCCUCUCCUACUUGGUGGAGCUCAAUGUAGUCGCGCCAGCAGGACAGGACAUUGUUUCUGAUGACAUGAGGAACUUUGCUGAGCAGCUGAAGCCUCUAGUACACCUGGAGAAAAUUGACCCCAAAAGACUAAUGUGAUUGAAAAUCUGGGCCAUUAAGGCAUCGUUUUUGUGUUUCAGAAAAUGAUGUUUUUAUAAAAGGUUUUUUUGUGGGCAAAUCAAAGCAGGGAGAAGGGAAUAAAGUCCUAUAUAUCA